AUGUCACCCAAUCAGGAUGGCACCUACUUUUCCGAGCCACUGUUCGAGGGUCUCGGUGAUCCUUCACGAAAAGGAGGUAUCGACGCCGAAGGGGAGAAGACGGGGCAAGAGUAUCUCACCGCCACGGCCACGCGAGCCAUCAUCUUCGAAGCCGACAACAAAGACUUGGGAUUGGUGUGUUUCUUGGGUGUUGGCAUGACGAAAGUCAGCACUUGCGAUAUAACGGUCAAGGAAGGCCAGUACGUCAAGAAGGGAGAUGAGAGUGGCAUGUUCCAUUUCGGCGGAAGUACACAUUGCGUGCUAUUCAGGAAAGAGGUUGGCUUGGAUGGAUUCCCGAAUACUGAGAAUCCGGAAAACAAUGUUCCUGUGCGGUCUCAACUGGCUGUAGUAAAGAAGAGUAACUGA